AUGCUUUCUAUGGUGUUAAAAAACAAUCAUCAAAUAAAUGUGGAUUCGUUCAAGGAGAUUGUGUAUAUGAUGCAUUACCAUCUUUAACAAUAUGUCGAAAUGAUGGAGCAAGUUGUUAUAUGUCAUAUCCAACACAACGUCGUCUUGCUCAAUGUUCAGAUAAUUAUGCUGAUUAUCUACACGUAACAUAUCAAUGUAUACCAAGUCGACCAGUUGGAACUUCACCACCUAUAACCAUGUAUGAUAUUUGUGAUACAAAUACUGUUAUUGCAAAUGUUAACGGAGUUGUUACUAGUCCAAAUUUUCCAACUUAUAAACAAACAAAUACUGAAUGUAAAAGAUCACUUGUAGGUAUGACCGAUAGAGUUUUAAAGAUUUGGAUUAAUGAAAUGGCUGUAUCAAGUGAUGGUGUACGUAGUUUAUCUGAAGAAUCAGAUAAACCCGAUUUGGUUAUCUAUAGAAAUCAUGACACAAAAGAUUUAAAUAAUUUCGAAAAAUUAAAUCCAUCAAUUCGUGAUGUUUGUAUAAAAGAUUAUUUAAUAAUAAAUGCUCCACAUGUAGCUUAUAUUUAUUGUGGUACUCGUAAAUUUGCUAUGGCACCUAUUUGUGCAGACAAUAUAGAUAUUCAAUAUAAAACAACAUCAGCACCAAAUGUUGUUUAUAAAGGUUUUAAAUUAUAUUUUGAAUGGGUUCAUAAACCAGUGAAUAUACUUUGUGAUAAUACUCCAUUGCCAUCAACAACAACACCUAUUGAUGAAGUAAUACCAAGUUGGGCACAAAAUUUACAACCUUCUCCUAUACUUUCUGUACAAAUAUGUCUUGGAACAGCACAUACAUUACGAUGUCCUCGUGGAUCCGAUUAUGUUCUUUCUAUAGUUUCAUCAAGUUAUGGUGUGACAGGUACAGGUUUAUGUGAAAUUCCAGCAUCAAAUCAUUGCCAUCAAGAAGCAUCACUUGGUUUAACAUGUACACAUUCAUGUUUUAUUGAAUAUAUUAUUCCAAGACCACUUACACAAUGUAAUGGACAAAAUGCUGAUUAUAUCAGUAUAGAUUAUCAAUGUGUUCCUACACGUUUACCAAAUUAUGAAAAUCCAAUUGAUAUAUGUGCAUCAACAACAACAGAUACAAUUACAAUGAAUUCAGGUAUGAUGAUCAGUCCACAAUAUCCAAAAUUAGGUACUGCACAGAUUUGUUCAAAAAAAAUUGAAACAUUACCAAAUAAAUUAUGGAUGGUUU